AUGGCUGCUUUGAAUCUGCUAGUUGAACAAGUCCUGCCCGCUAAUAUCAGCUUGAUACUACUCAUUGGUAUCUCUAUCUAUGCUUGUAGCGUUUUUACUAUUCGCCUUUACUUCCAUCCCCUCAGCAAAUUCCCCGGACCACGGAUUGCUGCUGCGACCAGUUGGUACGAAUUUUAUAAAGAUGUCAUCCUGAGUGGACAGUACUCCAAAUCAUUUCCAUCGCUACAUGCAAAAUAUGGCUCUGUCGUCCGUAUUCAUCCCAAUGAACUUCACAUCAACAACAGGGACUUUUUCAAUAGAGUAUUCAAAAACGGAACGGACUUUUACAAGGAUCCUGCCUUCUUUGGCAGUAUUGCGUUCAAUGACUCCAUUGCUUUUCUCACCGAUCCUCACGAAUACAAGCUCCGUUAUGACAUUGUGAAAACUUCCUUUGCAAAAGGACAUGUCGAUCUUCUGGCCCCCGAGCUGGAAAUGAUCGUGACCAAAGCUAUUAAUCAAGCAAAGAUCGCAGCGGAGACGCAGUGCCCGCUCAAUAUUCAACAGCUCUACCAUUGUGUCACAGCCGAUGCCAUAAUGGUAUUACUGUAUGGAAGAUCUUUAGACCUGGUUAUGUCGGGAACAGCCUAUCCGCCAUUACUUUCCAGCCUAGCUAUGUUUGGGGAUCGAUUUCAUCUGUUCAGAAGCUUUCCCAUCCUCGCCCGGAUUGCCCUUAAACUCCCUCCCAGACUGACGGACAUGAUCGCCCCGGGCUACAUGGACUUUAGACAGCGGUGUUUGGAGUGGAUGAGAGAUAUCUCUGGAAAUCUUGCGCCAAGUGACCAGAAAGAAGGCAAUGCCCGAAUGACGGUUUUCAGUUCGCUUCUUCAAGCAGAGAAAGACUCUCCAUCACGGUCUAUGGAUGGGCUUGUUAAUGAAGCAUACUUCUUUUGCUUUGCUGGGACGGAAUCUACAAGCUACGCGCUAUCCUGCGCUACUUAUUACCUGCUAACGCACCCAAAUUCUGCAAAGAAGCUGAGAGAAGAGCUCGAGUGCCAGCCUGUGAACGCAGAUGGCAUUAUCGAAUACCAAUAUUUACGCAACCUACCAUAUCUGACUGCCGUGAUCAAAGAGUCACUUAGGCUGUCCUCUCCCGCUCCAACCAGACUUCCGCGUAUUGUUCCCAAAGGUGGAAUUGAAGUUGAUGACCAAUUAAUACCACCAGGAACAGCAGUCUCAAUGUCGGCAAGGAUGAUCCACUUUGAUCCAGACAUCUUCCCCAAGCCCGACGAAUUUAAUCCUGAGAGAUGGAUUGGCGAAAGCGGAAAAACACUGGAUAAAUGGAAUGUUACAUUUUCCAAGGGAACACGCUCAUGCAUUGGCAUCAACCUUGCUUACCUUGAGUUGUAUAUUUGCCUUGCAAAUAUCUUUAACAAGACUCAGAUUGAACUAUACCAGACAGAUGAGAAAGCUAUGGAGUGGAGUGACCACGGAGCGGCAAGAACUGCGAAAGAUGUCCAUGUGUUGGUGAAGGGGGUCAAAGACUAG